AUGCCGAGCCGGACCAGUACGGCACAAGGGCCAGCAUCUCAAGACGUGAGCAUGCAAGACGGCUCGUCUGCCGCACAAUCCGAAGAUGCUGAGAUGGAGGACGGUUUUGAGGCAGACGAGCUAGAGGAAAAGAAGGAGGAGGAGGAGGAGGAGGUAGAGGACCAGCGCGUUAGGAUCUUGCCUGGCUCGACAGAUACCGCAGCCUCAUUUGAAUUCACCGACGAGGGACACACGCUAGGGAAUGCUCUGCGAUACAUCAUCAUGAAGAACCCCGAUGUGGAAUUUUGCGCAUAUACCAUCCCCCACCCGUCAGAGCCCAAGAUGAACAUCAGAAUCCAGACAUACGAUGGCGCAGCAGUCGAUGCACUGAAAAAGGGACUGCACGACCUGCAAGAUGUUUGCGACGUCGUAGCAGAAGAGUUCUGGGUAAAGAGACAAGAGUUCAAUUCUAGUAACCACAUACACCAAUAA